GUGGAAUGCUAACCAACCUCGUAAUCCAUUCAAAACCCAAUACGCACCUAAGGGCCGCGGCUUCAAUGAUUCUGUCUGUCACUCGGGCCUCAGCUACUCUUCGCCCAUUCCGCCCUCGUUGCCUUCUUCCGAUCUCAUUUAGACGCCCAGUCAACUUUUUGGUGCGUUGGAGGGCGAUGGCGUCUGUAGCGUCGACCACCGCCGGUGGAGUCGAGCGAAAAACCGCACCAUACGGCUCUUGGAAAUCGCCGAUCACGGCUGAUGUCGUCUCCGGUGCGGAUAAGAAGCUUGGAGGUAUCGGCGUUGCAGGCGAUGGCCGUCUCAUUUGGGUUGAGACCCGGCCGGAGGAGGGAGGGCGUGCUGUUCUUGUCAAGGAAUCAGAAAACUCGGGAGAUAAGCCUAUUGAUGUCAUCCCUUCAGAAUUUGCUGCAAGAACCUUGGCCCAAGAGUAUGGAGGGGGUGCUUUUUCUGUCUUUGAUAAUGUGGUGAUAUUCUCAAACUAUAAAGACCAACGGUUGUAUAAGCAAAUUAUUGGAGGUGGUAGUCCAGUGCCUCUUACGCCUGACUUUGGUGGAUCUUUAGUUCGUUUUGCUGACGGUGUCUAUGAUCCUUACUUAAAACUAUAUCUUACGGUGAUGGAAGAUCAUCGAAAAAGUAGUUUAAAUCCUGCCACAACAAUUGUCUCUGUUAAUGUUGAUGAUGAAACUAUUCAAGAUCCAAAAGAAGUAGUUUCCGGAAAUGAUUUUUAUGCCUUUCCACGGAUUGAUUCAACUGGAAGGAAGAUGGCCUGGUUGGAAUGGAGUCACCCAAACAUGCCUUGGGAUAAAGCACAACUAUGGGUGGGGUACUUUUCAGAAGAUGGGUAAGUGUGUUUUCGUUUUAUUAUGCUGAUAGCUAAGA